CCUCAUAUGGCUGUGAGUCAGGCGUCAGUAACGCUCCUUUCCACACGGGGCACUCAAAGAUGAAAGUGGUGAAGGCGUUUGCCCAAGGCCCCACGUUUGUAAGAGGAAGCACCCAGAUUUGGGGCCGUGGUGCCUCACUGAUGCCUCUGGGUGUCCAGAUCCCCUGAAGAGGAGUGGCCAGCUCGGCCUCUUGGUGUAAGCCUGCCUCUCCUGGAACUCCAGGGGCCUCAGGCCCUCUGCGCUGUGCCCACUUGUCAGCGUGCCCUGCUCCCGGCCUGCAGCCUCUGCGCCCCCACUGGCCCUGAACCCCUGUGUCCUGGCUUCUCUGCGGUGCGGUGCACCGGCAGGUUCCGGGGGAGUUUUCUGCAGAUGUCAGGUUUGAUACACAGCAGCCUUGGGUCAUCGUCCGGUCUCAUGGGACGGAAGCGCUCGCCGUCCCAGCGCUUUGGCUGGAGCCUAAAGGGCCCGACGGACAGGACCACGGCCCGUGUGAGGUGAGCAACGUUCGUUCCCAGACUUCCCGGUGCCGGGCCCGUGGCUAGGUUAGUGAGAAAGUAAGGAAGAGGAUGCGCGACGAACCUUCAACCCACAAAGGCUGGGCCCAAACCACCCUCCCUGAGCGCCUCCUCCGAGCCAGGCUCGGUCCUACACUCUGAAGACGUAGACACUCCGGUCCAGUGUCACUUGUCUUCCAGUAAGAGGACAGAGAUGACAGGCGAACGAGGGAGUCGCAAGGUCUCUGCAGAGAGUGAGGCAUGAGUGGUGGUCAUGGAAGGCUUCCCGGAGGAGGCGGUGCGGAAGCCGCCGCUCGGAUGACGCGGAGGAGCCAUGCAGCCUCCCCUCCCGUGGAGCUGGAAGCCAGACACCCUGGGGGCCAUGCAGAAGUCGGGGGCUGGGGGCCGCAGGGCCUCUGACUGCGGGCUAGCCCCUCACCGGCCCAGGUGCAUCACCAAGUUUGCCCAGUAUGUGGGCUCCUUCCCCGUGGACGACCUGGACACCCAGGAGAGCGUGUGGCUGGUGCAGCAGCAGCUGUGGGCGCUGAAGGACUGUCCCCGACGCCGUGCCGUCAUCCUGAAAUUCAGCCUGCAGGGUCUCAAGAUCUACAGCGGGGAGGGUGAGGUGCUGCUGAUGGCGCACGCUCUGAGGCGCAUCCUCUACUCCACCUGGUGCCCCGCCAACUGCCAGUUUGCCUUCAUGGCCCGAAACCCACGGAGCCCAGCCAGCAAGCUCUUCUGCCACCUCUUCAUGGGCAGCCAGCCAGGAGAGGUCCAGACCCUGCACUUGCUCCUGUGCCGCUCUUUCCAGCUGGCUUACCUCUUGCAGCACCCUGAGGAUCGGGCCCAGCCCGAGCCCUGCCCAGGGCCCACAGGGGAGGUGUCUCUCAAGCCACUGUCCAGUUCUGGAGGUCCCUCUGGGGGCUUGGUGCGGGAGCCCUUUGGUCGCCAUCAGCUCUCUCAGAAUGUUCACGCGCUGGUCUCCUUCCGGCGGCUACCAGCAGAGGGGCUGGUGGGCAGUGGGAAGGAGCUGCCAGAGUCGGAAGGCCGUGCCCGCCAUGCCCGUCUGGGGAAUCCCUACUGCUCACCCACGCUGGUGCGCAAGAAGGCCAUUCGCAGCAAGGUGAUCCGCUCGGGGGCCUACCGCGGCUGCACCUACGAGACCCAGCUGCAGCUGUCGGCUCGGGAGGCCUUUCCUGCUGCGUGGGAGGCCUGGCCACGGGGUCCUGGGGGCCAUGCAUGCCUGGUGGAGAGCGAGGGCAGCCUGACAGAGAAUAUCUGGGCCUUCGCUGGCAUCUCCAGGCCCUGUGCCCUGGCCCUGUUACGGAGAGACGUGCUUGGGGCCUUCUUGCUGUGGCCUGAGCCGGGUGCCAGCGGCCAGUGGUGCCUGUCCGUGCGCACGCAGUGCGGUGUGGUGCCCCACCAGGUCUUCCGGAACCACCUGGGCCGCUACUGUGUGGAGCACCUGCCGGCGGAGUUCCCCAGUCUAGAGGCUCUGGUGGAGAACCACGCGGUUACUGAGCGCAGCCUCUUCUGCCCCCUCGACAUGGGCCGCCGGAAUCCCACCUACGAGGAGCAGGACUGUGGGCCCCCAGGCAGGCCGCCCCGGACUCUCCGGCCCCUCAGCCAUGCCAAAUCUGAGGCAGAGCUGCAGGGCUUGGGCUAAGAGGUAGGGCCCUGUCCCACAGGCCCCGCUGCUCCCUGGCUCCGGGGCCCCAGCAGCCUCUCUGCCCAUCUUGCACCCUCUGGUCGCCAGUUCCAUCCAGUCACCCUGCCCUUGGAGCAGUCUCCAUCGCUUCACUGUCCGUUUGGGGGGGGGGGGCGCCCUGAGGUUGGGUAUCACCACUGGCUUCUCGCAGAACGUGGGGCCCGCUGAGAUUCCAGGAGGGCAGGUGGAGUCGCAGGCAUGAGCCGGAUAAGCUGUCGGGUGGCUUCGGAUGCUGGGACUUCUGGGCUUCCGCUUUGUCCUGGGCCAGGAGUCUGUUCAUGGCAGAGGUGCGGCCCUCCCCUAAGGAGGCCAGGCCUUGGGGCCUUGACUGGAAGUCUCCAGAAAGCUCAUGAGACGAGUGAGAGUGGGGGGCUUGGGGAGGCAGCAGUGAGUUCUCACUCUGGGCAAAGACCUGGGGGAGCCACCCUGUCUCUGAGCAGAGACCGCUCUGUGGAGCUUGUGGCCAGGAGGCUGGGGCCAAGCCCCAUCUGAGCUGACAGAGCAGGGCUGUGUCUGAGAGCGAAGGAUGGGUGGGAGCUGCAGAGAGGGCAGGAGGGACAGAGCAGUGCCCAGUGCUCACGCCGGGGCGGUGGGGGGGGGUGGGCUCCUGUGUGCAGAAAGCAACGCGCACCAGCAGACAGGCCGAAGCUCUCCAUGCUGGCUCCACCCAAACCUCAGGGCUGUGCUUCCUUCUCUCUCAGAAGGGAGGCCCAGGCUCACACUCUCCCCAGGAAUCACCAGGACACCCCCACCCCAGCUCACUUCCUUUAGCCAUUCGACAGGCAGGGGCCGGCAGUGAGCUGCAGGCUUAGAGGGGUGGCCAGGGCCCUUCCCAACUCGCCCGCCCGUGGUCUGCCUUGGGAGGGAGGCUGUCUGAUGCCGGCAUUCCCCUUAACAUGGCGCUGACCCGUGGCUGCCAGGGGCCACCCUGCCUCACCUGCCAGCUCCACUGGCAGAACCGUCCAAGGGUGGACCUGAUGUGGGCCCUGCCAGGGGUGCUUGGCCUCAGCGGGCCACGGGAGACCCAGGGAAACGACUCUAGUGUGAGACAGUGGUCCCGCCAGUGACCGACAAACCCAGGUAUCCUUCUUUGUAAGCAAACUUGACAAAUGUGAAUCUACUGAACUAAGUGAUAGGACAGGUUCAUUUUGGAUGAACUUCUCUGCUUAAAGCAGAAGCCGCAUCCUGAGCCUGGGGGCUGCCUUCUCCCCACGUGGGAGCGGUGCAGAACUGUUCAGUGCCUUGAAAGUAACAGAUUUCUGACGCUUGGAAGGAAGUAGGCAGCGCCACCAAAGCAGAAAGAAGGGAGGCAAACUUGGGGGGUGAGAACAGAGGCCCAGGCCUCGUGUUCCCCGCCUCCAACUCUCCAGCAAGGACAGGUCUUGGCUUGGGACCUUGCCAUUUCCUUGCAAGUCAGGUGAACUAUCCUGUCACAAAAGAUAGAAGGAAACUGCCCUUUGGGGCUUCUUGUCCCUGGAAAGCCAGCACUGGUUUUAUGCUGACUGUGUGUGGGACGCUGGGACUCUAUUUGACAGCCACCUGUACUAGAACCAUCCCCUUCCUGGACAAGCCGCUGGCCCCAGCCUCACAUUCCCCUGGCAAGGAGAGAGGGCUUUAGCAAUGUCCUGGGCCUAGGAUUAUAGCCCAGAGAUGGGCACUUCAGGAGACCUGGUCAUUGGUCCAGACUCGGGCCUGGUUUUCCUGGUGAAUUACCUGUGUGGAGAAGCUACCAGGGGCAUGUUUGCCACACUGAAGGGACCAGUGUCCACUAAGCACUUCAGCAUCGCUUCAGCUGGCAUGAUGGAUCUCAUGUUACAGGGCGGGCGGGGCUUUCAGCCCCCAUUUGCAGACUCUUUCAUGUCUUCAUCAGACCACAGUUUCCCCUGUUCAAAUCAGCACCACCUCAGUAGCCCCGCUUUCCUUGCUGUGUGGACUUGAAACAAAUAAAAUGUGUUGCUUCAGUCUGGUA